AGGAGGAGGAUCAAAUGAACACAACAAUCUGAUAUCCUGACAUGUCCUCCCGACUUCAGACGUCUACAUUUACCCUUUGGACGAAGAAAGCGAAAAGUUUUAGCCACGUUUUUACUUUGUUAGGAGAAAGGCAAGGCAACGUUUUCCUCAGGCGCAGUCCAGAUGUUUCGUAUUAGAAGCUUGCUGUCACACACGGAGAGAUCAUAUUCAUCCAGAUCUUCUUCGGACAUCUCGUUGUAUAUUUAAAAAAGCAGUUUGAAUGCAUUUUAAUAUUUAUUUCAUUUUUACGAUACAAACUUGAUUUUUGCAAUUGUUUGCUUUUUAGUUUUUUCUUCUGAAUAAUGAAAAUUUUAAUUUUGAGUGUUUUUCUCUGGAGACGCUAAACGAGUUGUGAGGAUGAAGAUUAAGUGUGUUAUAGGAGGUUUUCUGGCGAUUUUUGUGCUCGGGAAUUUGUGUGGAUCUGUUCAGACCUAUCAGGACGCGAAACAUCCGCGCGCCGAUGAGAAAGUAAUCAAUCUUCUUGAGGCUCUCAACGCCACUCAAUCAGACAAAGUUGCCUCCAAGGUCAAAGGUCGUGACCCAGGGACCUCCGCCUGGCGCUUUCGUUCCAGCACGCCUCAUCUCACGCUACCACAUGACUUAGUGCAACACCUCCGUAAUACCUCGCAAGGUGUGCUGGGUUUGCACCUGGUGGGCCGACAGAAGAAUAACUCAGAUGGCACCCUUAUCUCCCUCACCUCACCUGUCUUCUUGAAGAAAGAUGGACGCCCGCUGCUGAAGCUCAUUUCCAACACCCGAAAAGACUGGCUCCUGAUGCAGUUCAGGUCAGCAGAAGGCUUCCUACCCGAGCUGUUGAAGUUUCCGGGCGGAAGCCCGUUUGCGGAUGGUGGCUGGGUGAGAAUGGCUUUAAAUGUGGAGCCCAGGCAGUUGGUGCUGUUUGUGGAAUGCCAAGAGGCUGUGGUGCUCAAAUCAAAAAAAGGGCUUCUGUCGCUAGACCUCCCAGAUGAUCUGCAGGUCACGUUUUCCAGCACCGCAGGAAGCAAGGCCCACAAAUUCAACGGUCUUUGGCAGACAGCUGAACUCUCCACAAGAGCUUACGAGAGACGUCCGUGGUUCUGUGACAAUGUAACAGACCUCAUGCAAGACCCAGCUCAGCUCACGGCCCUUGCUAUAUCACCGGUUUCAGAAAUGAUGAAUGACCAGGGACAUCAUGAAGGUGGAGCAGAAUUAAGUUACCCCCCAGAUACACCCAAUGACUCAGUCAAGCCUUAUGCUCAACUGGAUUCCCAUUUGCAUAGCAUUAACACCAUGUUGGACAUGCUAAAGAAGCAGAACGCUAACCUACAGGCGCGGGUUGAGUACCUGGAGUCGUGUGAAUGCGUGAAACGUAAGUGCGUCUGGGAAGGACGUCAGAUGGACGAGGGGUCUCGUUGGUCUCCCGACAGUAGCACCGUGUGUUUAUGCACCAAUGGGCAAGUUCAGUGUGAACGCAUGAAUGAAUGCAGCUUUCAGGGUAAUAUCUACCAUAGUGGUGAAGUCUUCAGUCCAGAUGAUUGCUCCAAGUGUACGUGUGAGAAUGGACGAGUGGAGUGCGAUGUGAUCACAUGCUCAGCGUCUUGCACUGAUAUAUCUGUUCCUCAUGAAUCAUGUUGCCCUAACUGCCUAACAAGAUGUGAGUAUGAAGGUGAGAGCUAUAGGAACGGAGAUGUGUUUGUGCCCCGGUCAAACCCCUGUCUGAAAUGCUCCUGCACUGGUGGGCAUGUAGUUUGUGGCCAUGAGCCCUGUCCUAUACUUCCCUGUAAUCUGGUGGAGACUGUAGGUGGAGAGUGUUGCCCCAGGUGUCGAAGUUGUUCCCAUAACAAUGCGUGGCACCUGCAUGGCACACAGUGGCAGGACCCAAAUGACCACUGUAGAACCUGUACAUGCACGGAGGGUGAAGUUUUCUGUAACAGUGAAAGUUGUCGGGUGUCAUGUAGAAACCCUGCCUCUCCUCACCCUGGAACUUGUUGUCCAGUCUGUGAUGGUUGUAAUGUGAAUGGAAGGGACAUUCCGAAUGGGCAUAGACUGCCACCAGGACCCCAGUGUGAAGGUGAUUGCUGGUGUGAGAAUGGGAAUAUCCGCUGCAUCAAACAACCCUGCCCACCCACAUCCUGUCAUAAUCCAAUCCAGAGACCUGGAGAAUGUUGUCCACGGUGUGAAGAGUGCAGACAUGAGGGUCAGAUGUACCUAGAAGGUGAAUCAUUUGUAUCCAGACAGGAUCCAUGCAUCACUUGUCAGUGUUUGGGUGGCCAGGUGACAUGUGGCUCCAAAGGAUGUCAGGCUCCACAAUGCACACACCCGGCAAGAUCACGUGACCAGUGCUGUCCUUCCUGUGACAUGUGCGAAUAUGAAGGAAGGAUUUACGAAGAUGGAAGAGAGUUCAGGCCGCCUGGUGAUGGACCCUGUUUCCAGUGUACAUGCAAGGGAGGAAAUGUGAGAUGCCAUCAGGAAAGAUGUCCUACGUUGACUUGUGAAAACCCUGUGCCGCCCAGUCCUAAUUCCUGCUGCCCGGUGUGUAGAGGAUGUGAGUGGAAUGGUGUUCAGUAUGAAGAAGGAGCGUCUUGGAGUGAUGGAGGAAGAAAUUGUUAUUGUGCAGGGGGUCGUGUGACGUGUGACCCUGACAGACCAACAGAGUGCUGUGGGGAUUCUUGUGGCCAAUGCCAAUAUAAGCAGCGCAUCUAUGAAAACGGUCAGAAAUUUACUGAUCCAGAGGAUCCUUGUACACAAUGCACCUGUCAGCAAGGCCAGGUACUUUGUGCUGUUGCUGGAUGUGCAGAUCCUCCAUGUUCUAAUUCAUACACACCUCCGGGAGAGUGCUGUCCCCGCUGUCCAGUGUGUGAGUGGAAUGGUGUUCAGUAUAAUGAAGGAGAGUCAUGGAAUGAUGGAGGAAGAAGUUGUUAUUGUGUAGAGGGUCAUGUGACAUGCAAACCUGAAUCAGACUGUGGACCAGCUCCCUCACCCCCACCCUGCCAAGACAGACAAACAGGAUGUGAGUGGAAUGGGGUUCGGUAUGAAGAAGGAGCGUCAUGGAGUGAUGGAGAAAGUAGUUGUUAUUGUGCAGAGGGUCGUGUGACGUGCAACAGUGGAACAAACUGUGGACCAGAUCCCGUGCCCCAACCCUGCCCAAACACCAGACCAAGAGGAUGUGAGUGGAAUGGUGUUCAGUAUGAAGAAGGAGCGUCUUGGAGUGAUGGAGGAAGAAAUUGUUAUUGUGCAGGGGGUCGUGUGACAUGUGACCCUGACAGACCAACAGGGGGGUGCUGUGGGGAUUCUUGUAGCCAGUGCCAAUAUAAGCAGCGCAUUUAUGAAAACGGUCAGACAUUUACCGAUCCAGAGGAUCCUUGCGCACAAUGCACCUGUCAGCAAGGCCAGGUACAUUGUGCUGUGGCUGGAUGUCCAGCUCUCUCAUGUUCAAAUCCGUACACACCUCCGGGAGAGUGCUGUCAGCGCUGUCCAGGCUGUGAAUAUAAUAACCAAAUCUUUAAUAAUGGUGACAUUUUCCCGAAUCCCACAAAUCCAUGUGAGGACUGUGCUUGUAUUGAUGGACGUGUGACAUGUGGAAGUCACGAGUGCCCACAACCGAACUGCAAUAAUCCUCGUCAAGGGACCUGUUGUCAAAACAAUUGCAAUGGAUGCAGUUAUGCGGGUAUUGAUUAUCCGAAUGGAAUGGAAUUUCCACAUCCGACCGAUCACUGCAGGACCUGCCAUUGUAAUAAUGGUAAUGUCCAGUGUCUGAUGAAGAGAUGUCCACCAGUGCAGUGUGCUGAUCCAUAUGUUGAGCCGGGAGAAUGCUGCCCUCAGUGUCCAGCGCCUCCUGUUGAUUGCAAUGUCGACGGACAGGUUUACAGACACAUGCAGCACUUUUCUCAUCCCACUGACAGCUGUCAAUCAUGCUCUUGCCUCAAUGGGAUUAUGAACUGCAGACGUAGGCCAUGCCCUUCUGCUGUUUGUUCCCACCCCAUAAUUCAGGACUGCUGUCGCACUUGUGAUGGCUGUCUGUAUGAAGGGAGGGAACACGCUAAUGGUGCCACGUUCAAUGAUGCAUCAGAUCCCUGCACAACGUGUGUUUGUCGUGACGGGACGGUCAGGUGUGAGAGGAGGCCCUGUUUACCCGUCAACUGCCCCUUUCCUGUGCAGGGCCAAUGUUGCCCGCGAUGUGACGGUUGUCGGUAUGCGGGUUUGGAAUAUCGGAAUGGUCAGGAGUUUUCAGACCCUGCUGAUCGCUGUGGGCUUUGCGUGUGCACGAAUGGUCAAGUAAAUUGCAAUCGGAGGCCUUGUCACAACCCAGGAUGUAGUCAUCCCAUCACUCGGCCGGAUCAGUGCUGUCCAGUGUGUGAUGGCUGUCUGUAUCAUGAAAGAGUUUAUGUUGAUGGUGAGGCGUUCACAUCACUCACAGCAGCCUGCGAGGAGUGCAGAUGUACAAGGGGUGAUGUGCGCUGUUAUCCCAAAAGCUGUCCUGAGGUUCGCUGCAGUAGGCCGGUGCGUCCUCCAGGUCAAUGCUGUCCCGUGUGCACAGGGACAUGUGAAUAUCAAGGACAGGUGUACGAGUCUUACUCUACGUUCAGCCCCGUCAAUGACCACUGCUCCAUCUGCACGUGCCAGAACGGGGAAGUAACGUGUAACAGAAAUCCACAGUGCAGAGGUUGUCGGUAUGCGGGUUUGGAAUAUCGGAAUGGUCAGGAAUUUUCAGACCCUGCUGAUCGCUGUGGGCUUUGCGUGUGCACGAAUGGUCAAGUAAAUUGCAAUCAGAGGCCUUGUCACAACCCAGGAUGUAGUCACCCGAUCACCCGGCCAGAUCAGUGCUGUCCAGUGUGUGAUGGCUGUCUGUAUCAUGAAAGAGUUUAUGUUGAUGGUGAGGCGUUCACAUCACUCACAGCAGCCUGCGAGGAGUGCAGAUGUACAAGGGGUGAUGUGCGCUGUUAUCCCAAAAGCUGUCCUGAGGUUCGCUGCAGUAGGCCGGUGCGUCCUCCAGGUCAAUGCUGUCCCGUGUGCACAGGAACAUGUGAAUAUCAAGGACAGGUGUACGAGUCUUACUCUACGUUCAGCCCCGUCAAUGACCACUGCUCCAUCUGCACGUGCCAGAACGGGGAAGUAACGUGUAACAGAAAACCACAGUGCAGAGUGUGUCAUCAAAAUGGUCGGGAAUAUCUGCAGGGGCAAAAUAUGAUCCUACCCGCUAAUCCUUGCUCCAAAUGCACCUGUAUGGAUGGUGAGGUGAUCUGUGUGAAACCUCCGUGUGCUGAGUUGACCUGCAUGCAUCAGAUUACCGAUCCGGGUUCCUGCUGCCCCCGUUGCAGAGGCUGUUUUUAUGAUGGUGUUGAGCACUCUGAAGGCAGCACCUGGUUUGCGUCCAGUGGACCCUGCAUGUCCUGCAUGUGUGUGGAUGGAGUGACCACCUGCUCGGAGGUCCACUGUAUCUCCACCUGUCUGAAUCAGAUCACCGUACCAGGUGAAUGCUGCCCGGUUUGUGCAGACUGUGUCUUUGAAGGCCGUGUGUACGGUCCUGGAGAAAGUUUUCACCCAUCAGAUGACCCGUGUCAGAUCUGCACCUGUGAGGUCACGCCGAAUGGAGAGCAGCACUUGCGCUGUUAUCGGAAACAGUGUCCGAGACUGGUGGACUGUCCCAAACAUUAUAUACAGUACAGCAGCCCAGAUGCCUGCUGUCCUGUUUGUGCACAGCCUUUGAGUAACUGCACAGCUACGCUUUUGGGUAAUGAAGUGUUGGCCACAGAUGACCCAUGUUUUACCUGUCAGUGCAAGGAUUUGACAUGGACGUGUAUUCAUCGAGGUUGCCCUCCUCUCAGCUGUCCUCAGUCUGAGCAGCACACCUCUCCAGACUCCUGCUGCCCCGUGUGUGACGAGUGUGUGUUAGACGGUGACAAGACCCGCGUAAGAAACGGCUGGAGAUGGACAGACAAAGAGAACGAGUGCGUCACCUGCGUCUGCAAUCAAGGCCAUAUCGAGUGUGACCUGCAGGAGUGUCCUGCAAUCGAUUGUCCAGAUGGAUCAUUUAAGCUAAAGAACCCUGGGAAAUGUUGCCACGAGUGCACGGAUGUCACAGCCGUGGUUUACUCCAUAGACAUCAGCGCGCAGUGUGUGUAUGACCGACGUGUGUACAACCACAAUGAUCACUGGGAGGUGGAUGAGUGCACGCUCUGCACCUGUGUGUCUGGAGAGGUGCACUGCCAAACCCAGAGAUGCCCUGCGCUGACCUGCGCCUCGGAUGAAACUCCAACUCUCACUCCUGGAAUGUGUUGUCCUCACUGCAUUCCUCGUCCGGCCACCUGUAUCGUGUUUGGAGAUCCUCACUACCGGACGUUUGAUGGCAAGAUGGUGAAUUUCCAGGGCACGUGUACAUAUGUGUUAGCUCAGGACUGUCAGGGCGGAGACUUCAGUGUCCAUGUGUCUAAUGAAGACAGGGGUCGUAAGGAAGUGUCGUGGACUAAAGAGGUCACUGUGUUUAUUGGUGAUGUCGUGGUACAGCUAUUACAAGAUUGGGUUGUCAAGGUUGAUUAUCAGCCCGUCUCCCUGCCGUUUCUUAAAGAGCCGUAUGUUUACCUGGAGCGAAAGACCAACACUAUUCUACUUAACACAAAUGUUGGGCUAAAGGUGUUAUGGAACGGUCGCUCUCAUUUGGAGGUCAGUGUUCCUGGUACCUAUAAGAAGCACAUGUGUGGCCUCUGUGGCAACUUCAACAACUAUCCUCAGGAUGACAUGAGACUCCGUAACGGACAGAUCGCCACAUCUGAAGCAGCGUUUGGAAACAACUGGAAGGUGGGCAGCGGAAAUCAUUCGAACCUUCAAUGUUCGGACGUGAGGAACAUUGACCCGUGUAAGGAAGCUGGUUACUCUUCCCGUAAGACGGCGAACGCUCGCUGCGCGGUCCUGAAGUCUCCUGUGUUUGAGCGCUGCCACAAGUUGGUGCCACCUGAGAUGUUCUUCGCUUCGUGUGUGUAUGACCUGUGCGCCUGCGGGUCCAACAUGGACCAAUGUCUGUGUGAGGUGCUGGAGGCUUACGCAUCCGAGUGUCGCGAGGUCGGCGUCGUGAUCCAGUGGAGAUCUCCCAUGCUUUGCGCUGUCGGUUGCCCGACGGACAGAGGCUACGUGUUUGAUGAAUGCGGACCGCCGUGUCCGAAGACCUGUUUCAAUAAAGACGUCCCACUGGGUGUGAUCGAGUCUCAUUGCUUUAAACCCUGUGUGCCAGGAUGCCAGUGCCCGGCUGGACUGGUUGAUCACAACGGCCACUGCAUCGCCCCUGAAAAAUGCCCUAAAAUUAUCCACGGUGGCCCAUAAACCACACACGGCGAGUGGAGUCCGUCCCGUGAUGCUUUUUCCAAUCGACCUUGAGAUCUGAUGAACCUAAAGUCAACAUGAAACCCUUGUGCAAGAUUGUUUUUGUAAUCUUUUAUCAAACUCGCUCUGUCUUUGAAGUGACUCUACUUUUGAUGUCAUUCCUUCAACCACCCGGAUCCAUUCUGAUGUUUCAGUUUUUGACAUUAAAUAAACCGUCUCGCUCAUGAAUAGUAAAACAAGUUGCAAACAGUGUUUCAUGUUUCCUUUACAAUGCUUGAACCUAACGCACAUUAAACUUAAGUCUAUGAGAUAUCACCACUACAUAAUCCAAAUAAUGUCAAAUACAGACGAUCUUUUAAAGAUUUUAUUUUUAUUGGUGCUACUGUAAGUGUUUAUGAUUUAUCGUGUAUAACUUUUAUAUUGAAUUACAUUUUUUUCUGUCUUUGUAAAGUCACUGAUGUCUUGAGCCCAACACUGGACAGAUCACAGUUUCUUCACUAUGGACUAGCAGAGCUGCAAGCUUAAUGGAAAUAUCUGGAUAUUUUCUUGCUUACGGUUUAAAUCAUAAAUGGAGUUCGUUUUUCAAAUGAUUAAUAAAUAUUCAGGAAGUGACAAAUUCAGUUUUGAUUUAACACAGUUUUUUUACUUUAUCUCACUGUUAUGGAACAGGAUUUUGUGUCUGCUCUUGCACUGGUGUUGCGAUUAUUUUGUUACUUGUUUUAAUUCAGUGGUUCUCAAACCCCCUUGUGUAGAGUACAUCCCUUUACAUUAAACAAAAAGAAUCUCAAACUAAGAAUUUGAAUUAAAUGUAGUGCAGUAGGUUAGUAGCUUUAUUUUCAUGAGGUUUAAUUACACAGAAUUUAUGAUAAAUUAAUGUAUCUAAUACUCGGGACCCCUAGCACCAUCUCACAACCCCCCAGUUUGAGAACCACUGCUUUAAAUAAUGUUAAACACGUUUCCAUAUAAUGACAGUGUUAUAAUGACAAUUAUAAUCCAUAUGAACAAAACAAUGAGACCAGUGCUUGAUACGAUGUAUUGACAGAAUUAUUCUAAGCUAUGGAUGUUAUAUUCAGGUAAAUUGCUAUUGUUUCUUUUAAAGGUGCAGUGUGUAAUUUUUUAGAAGGAUCUCUUGACAGAAAUGAAAUAUACAAAAUAAUAUACAAAACCAUAUUAUCAGGGGUGUAUAAAGACCAUUGAACUCUUAUGUUUUUAUUACCUUAGAAUGAGACGUUUUUAUCUACAUACACAGAGGGUCCCCUUACGUGAAAGUCGCCCUUUUGUGCCGCCAUGUUUCUACAGAAGCCCUUAAGGGACAAACUUCUUUUUACUUAGUUGUUUCCGUCAAUUACAUGUUUUUCCAGUGGCAGGUACCAUGGCUUCUCUAUGCGUUUCAAAUGGAGAGGUGAGCAAUUUGCAACCUCACCACUGGAAUGCCGCUAAAAUUUACACACUGCACCUUUAAGCCGUGUUUCAUAUUCUUUGUAUUCAGUUUUUUUACCAUGUCGAAAUAUUGCAUUAAAUCCCAUCUUCACCCAG